CCGGAACUCUCCUGCCUUGCUUUAUGUCCGCCUUACACACACAAUAAGUACUACUUUGCUUGCCAACAGGUACCUUCACCCCUUUCGCCUUAUCGACAAUAAAACUUCUCGACUUGACAUCUAGCCAAGAUGAUGUUUUCAGGCGCGCCCUCCACUAUCGAGGACAUAGCAGGCCUCAAUAUCGUUCUGGAAGAUAUUAAUGAUCUUGAAACCGAAGUCAACGAUAAAAUCAUCGAGGACGAGAUCCUAUCUAGCAAGAAGAGGGAAAUGUAUGAUCAAUACUGCGAAUACAUAGUCGAUACCUACAAGAAGCUCAAGAAAGCCGAAGAUUUGAAAGUCUUCCAGGGCAGAGAUGAACAAGAGAGAAUCCAAGCUGGAAUCAGAACGCUGGAGUCGGUGGAGUCCAAGAUCCAGUAUGCAUUGGAACGAAGCGAUGCGCUCGAAGAGUCCGAUUAG